AUGUUCAUAUCAUGUUGCUUUUACCUUAUUAUUCAAGAAAAUUGCAGGCAUGGAGUGAGACAAAGAAGAAAUCCAUGGUCAGAUGGGGCUGAAUAUAUCACUCAGUGUCCCAUUAGGCCAGGGAAGAGGUACACCUACAAGUUCCAUUUGACUACAGAAGAAGGAACAAUAUGGUGGCAUGCACACAGUGGGUGGGCAAGAGCAACUGUUCAUGGAAUGAUCAUUGUUUAUCCAAUCCAUGGAGCUCAUUAUCCCUUUCCCAAACCAUACUCCGAGGUUCCAAUCAUUCUAGGAGAAUGGUGGAAGAAAGAUGUCAUGGAAAUACCAGGAAAUGCAAAUAAAACAGGAGGAGAACCCUUACUUUCUGAUGCCUACACCAUCAAUGGGCAGCCGGGAGAUCUCUAUCCAUGCUCCAAACAAGACACAUUCAAAAUAACAGUGGAGCAAGGAAAGACCUAUCUCCUUCGGAUAGUUAGUGCAGUCAUGGAUGAAAAUCUCUUCUUCUCCAUUGCCAAACACAAAUUAAUCCUACUAGGAACAUAUGGAUGCUACACAAAACCCUUCAAAACAGAUCACAUAAUGAUCACACCAGGCCAGUCCAUGGAUGUCCUCCUACAAGCAAACCAACCUCCUAGCCUCUACUACAUGGCUGCUAGAUCAUAUUCCAGUACCUUUGGGGCUCAUUUUGACACCACAACCACCACAGCAAUCGUGCAAUAUCGACAAUCAUACGACCCGACCCCAUUGCCUUUUUUCCCUCGUCUCCCUCCUUUUAAUGCCACACGAAGGUCAACUGAGUUCACGAGACAAUUAAGGAGCCUUGCAACUGAAGAACACCCUUCCAAAGAGGAUUUUCCGAUAAACCCACCUCGGAAAUUCGAUUACACCGGAAAAAAACUACCUGAAAAUCUUCUGGUGCCGGAGUUUGGUACUAGGGUAGUGGUUUUGGAGUACAAUGCUGGUGUUGAGUUGAUUUUGCAAGGGACUAAUGUGCUAGCAAGUGACAACCAUCCCAUUCAUUUGCAUGGAUAUAGCUUCUAUGUUGUUGGUUGGGGCUUUGGGAAUUUUGACCCUAUAAAGGACCCUUUAAGGUAUAAUCUUGUUGAUCCCCCUGAAGAAACUACUGUUGGAAUUCCCAACAAUGGAUGGGUGGCCUUAAGAUUUAGGGCAGAUAAUCCAGGUGUGUGGUUGAUGCAUUGCCAUCUAGAGCGACACCAGAGCUGGGGGAUGGGUAUGGUGUUCAUAGUUAAAGAUGGUGCAACUCCUCGGACUAAAAUGGUCCGGCCACCGUCCGAUUUACCGGAAUGUUGA